GCUCAAUUCAGCUCAGACCAGCCCAGCUCAGCCGGGAGGAGGUGGCAGCGGCUGCGGCAGCAAGCGCUGCCCCGUGUCACCCGCUGCCGGCACACCCCGGCUGCGUUCCGGACCGCCGGCCGGAAUCUCAGACAGCGAGGGAAGGCGCCCGCCCCGCACUGCGCCGCUCUCCGCCCGGAAUCGCCCGGGACACCCGCCGGGACACCGACACCGACACCGGCCGCCGCCGCCGCGCCAUGGCGCUCGCAAGGCAAGUGCUUUGUGUUUGUGCUUUCCUGGGGCUGCCGCUCGCUCGCGCCGAGCCCAUCCGCUACUCCGUAGCCGAGGAGGCGGAAAGCGGCUCCCUGGUGGGCGAGCUGGCGGAGGACGCGGGGCUGACGCCGGCGCAGCUCUCGGCUCGCCGCGCCCGCCUGGUCUCGGAGGACGGCCGGCAGCAUUUGCGCUUCGAGCGCGCCUCCGGCCGCCUCGUCGUGGCGGGGAGGCUGGACCGGGAGGAGCUGUGCGCCCAGUCCGACACCUGCAUGCUCCCCUUCGAGCUGCUGCUCUCCAGCCCCCUGCAGUUCUUGCAGGUCGAGGUGACUGUGAAGGAUAUCAAUGAUCACUCGCCUGUCUUCCCUGAGGAACGAGUCACUUUUGACAUCCUGGAAACCAGCGAGCCAGGCUCUCGUUUCCCACUGGAGGUUGCUCGGGACCUCGAUAUUGGCAGCAACACAAUCCAGGAGUACAGCAUGGCUCCAAAGAAUGACUUUUUUAAGCUCUCCUAUGGAGGUCGGAUUACAGGCAAGAAAUAUCUGGAACUGGUCUUGGAAAAGCCACUAGACAGAGAGGAGCAGGCAGAGAUGGAGUUCAGUCUCAUUGCAGUAGAUGGGGGCUCUCCUCCCAGAACUGGGACCACUCAAGUGAAAAUUCUCAUUCUAGAUGUAAAUGACAAUGCUCCGAUAUUCACUCAGGAGGAGUACAUUGGACAGGUUCUAGAGAACAUGCCAGAAGGCUCUGUGGUACUGACUGUGCUGGCAACUGAUCCAGAUGCAGGAGUUAAUGGGGACAUCACCUAUCAAUUCAGCCAGGCAGUGGGACAGGGUGACUCAGCAUUUGUGAUUGAUCCCAUAACUGGUGAAAUUAAACUCACAAAACCCCUGGACUUUGAGACAGCACACACUCACGAGCUCAGUGUGAGGGCCAGAGAUGGUGGGGGCCUUUCAGCAAUUUGCAAAGUGUUGGUGGAGGUGGUGGAUGUGAAUGACAAUGCCCCAGAGCUGGUGGUCAGUUCCUUCAACAGUCCCCUCCCCGAGAACACAGUGCCCGGCACGGUGGUUGCCCUGUUUACAGUCAGGGACCGGGAUUCUGGUGCCAACGGGAAGAUCUCCUGUGCCCUGCAGGAUCAGCUCUUCUUCUCCCUGCGGCCAGCCUAUAAGAAUUACUAUGAGCUGGUGACAGUGAGUGCGCUGGACCGCGAGGAGACGCCUCAGUACAUCCUCAGUGUGACGGCAGCAGAUGCGGGCUCGCCUCCUCUCACCACCACGCAGACCUUCACCGUGGACAUCUCUGACGUCAAUGACAAUGCCCCCGUCUUCAACCAGACCUCCUACACCAUGUACGUGCGUGAGAACAACGUCCCCACGGUGUUUGUUGGAGCCGUGAGCGCUGCAGAUGCUGACGUGGGGCUGAAUGCCAAGGUGACCUAUUCCCUGGCAGCAGAGCAAGGGCCAGAGCGGCCCUGGUGCUCCUGCAUCUCGGUCAACUCUGAGAAUGGACACGUGUUUGUGCUGCGGCCCCUGGACUACGAGCACUUGAGGCAGACCGAGGUGACGGUCAGUGCCUCUGACGCGGGCUCUCCUCCGCUCAGAGCCAACGUCACCGUCCGCCUUGUGGUGCUGGACGAGAACGACAACGCACCGCUCGUGCUCUACCCGGCCCAGGAGAGCAGCCCGGCCUCCAGUGAGCUGGUGCCCGUGUCGGCUGAGGCGGGCUACCUCAUCAGCAAAGUGGUGGCCGUCGAUGCCGACUCGGGACAGAACUCCUGGCUCUCCUACCACCUGCUCAGGGCCACCGACCCAGGCCUGUUUUCCGUGGGCCUCCAGAGCGGCGAGGUGCGUCUCAGGAGGCCCGUGACAGAGAGAGACAGCGUCAAGCAGAAGCUCCUUGUGCUGGUCAGAGACAACGGCAAGCCCCCGCUGUCAGCCACGGCAGCUCUCAGCGCUCUCCUGCUCAAGGACUUCUCCGACGUGCGCCUCCCGCACAGCAGCCCGGCCUCCGAGGAUCAGGCCGCCUCCCUGACCACCUAUUUAAUCAUUGCCUUGGUCUUUGUCUCCCUCCUCUUCCUCAUCUCCACCGCAGUGCUGGUGGCUCGCAAGGUGUGCAGGAGGAAGGAGCUGAAGGCUGGCCAUGUGCUCUAUGCUGCCGACACCUUGCAGAGCGGCCCGGCCGAUGCAGCCGCUGCAGGGACCCUGCCCCGCGCCUAUUGCUACGAGAUCAGCCUCACCACGGGCUCGGGCAACAGCGAGUUCAGAUUCCUCAAGCCCAUCCUGCCCAACCUGCCCCCACAGCACUGCGCCGUGGGCCAGGGCUCCGAGGAGGAACAGGAUUUCUCUGGUGUCCCUGUCAGCACAGAUGACAUGUCCCCAGACAAUGCUGGCACUCUCUCUGCAGGACAGUUCAAUGCUCUUUCCUUCAACUAG